CUCAGGGCAGCCAGACAAGAACAGACAGGGAGACCGUGCUGGAACUUAUCGCAGGAAACACGCUACCAAAUUCCCCACAGAUUUGCUCCGACGAGUAUCCAUGUAGUCAGCUGUUACAUGAAUUCCUGGGCUAUAGAGGUUGGCGUCCAGUUCACGGGAAAACAGGGCUCUCCUGCCCGCGGGAUACCUAUCUGUGACCCAGAGGCACAUGCUAACCAAACAGGGGGCUGAUGGGAAAGUUUUACCUGCUGCAACGCCCACUGGCUCCACUGAGAUGUCCCCAGGAGCAGUGAAAUGUGGAUGACAGCGUGAGCCAGGGGAAUUCAACAUUUGGGCCAAGAUAUCCUCACACUGAGCCAAAAAGAAAUCUGUUCUAGUUUACACACAAAAAAAAAACAUACUCACACGCACUCGCUACCCAGAAAAUGCUGAUGCCAGGGCCACUGUGGGUGUGCCUGGCACUGAUAUGGGUGGGAAGCUGCAGUGCUCACAGUCUUUUUACCUGUGAGCCAAUCAAAGUGCAUCGGUGCUUGGGGAUGCCCUACAACAUGACCUUCUUUCCCAACAUGAUGGAGCACUAUGAUCAGGACAUUGCAGCCAGUAAUAUGGAGCCAUUCAUGCCCCUGGCAAACCUGCGCUGCUCUCCAGACGUCCACCACUUCCUUUGCCAGGCCUUUGUCCCAGCGUGCAGUGAGGAGAAUAAGGUGAUCCGUCCCUGCCGAGAGCAGUGUGAGACUGUAAUGUCCGACUGCGACGUGAAUAUCCGAAUCUUUGGCAUCACCUGGCCCCCUGAGCUGCAGUGUGACAAGUUGGACCCAUGUCGCUCCCCUGAAGGUUCACUGCUUCCUGCAACCACACCAGUGAUCUCCUCCUCGUCUGCUAAGAGGGACCUGGGCUUCUGGUGCCCUCUGCAGUUAAAGACCAAGCCAGGCCAUGGAUCAUCGUUCCUGGGCGCCCAGGACUGCGCUCCGCCUUGCUCCAACAUGUACUUCAAACCCCACGACAUCGAGUUUGCCAAAAGCUUCAUCGGCGUGUGCUCCAUCAUCUGCCUGGGCGCCACGCUCUUCACUUUCCUCACUUUCCUGAUCGACGUCAAACGUUUCCGCUACCCCGAACGCCCCAUAAUCUUCUACGCCGUCUGCUACAGCUUUGUCUCACUCAUAUACUUCAUCGGGUUCCUGCUGGGGAACAAUGCAGCCUGUACCAAGGCAGCACACCCUGCAGGUGUGGAUACAGUGGUGCUGGGCUCUCAGAGCAAAGGGUGCACGUUGCUUUUUAUGCUCCUCUACUUCUUCUCCAUCGCUGGUAUUGUCUGGUGGGUCAUACUCACCAUAACCUGGUUCCUGGCAGCUGGACCCAAGUGGAGCUGUGAGGCCAUAGAGAAGAAAGCGGUGUGGUUCCACUCUGCUGCCUGGGGGAUCCCUGGGGCGCUAACGGUCAUGCUGCUCGCACUGAACAAGGUGGAAGGAGACAACAUCAGUGGGGUUUGUUUCGUGGGCCUCUAUGACCUGGACGCCCUGCGCUACUUUGUUCUGGCUCCGCUGUGUGUGGGCGUCAUAGUCGGCCUCUUCCUUAUCCUGGCAGGCAUCGUCUCUCUCAACCACGUCCGGCAGGUCAUUCAGCACGACGAGCGCAACCAGGAGAAGCUGAAGAAGUUCAUGAUCCGCAUCGGCGUGUUCAGCUGCCUCUACCUGGUCCCGCUGGUCACCCUGUUGGCCUGCUACACCUAUGAACAGAGUCACCGCAGCACCUGGGAGAAUACCUGGAUCAACGACCGCUGUCAGGAGUACAGCAUCCCCUGUUCAUACAAGGCAACAGAGCACGAGCGUCCUGACCUCUCUCUGUUUUUGGUGAAGUACUUGAUGACGCUGGUGGUUGGAAUAUCUGCAGUGUUCUGGGUCAGCAGCAAAAAGACGUGCUCAGAGUGGGCCUACUUCUUCAACAGGACCCGCAAGAGAGAUCCCAUCAGCGAGAGCCGCCGGGUGCUGCAGGAGUCCUGUGAGUUCUUCCUCAAGCACAACAGCCGCGUCCAGCACAAGAAGAAGCACUACAAGCCCAGCUCCCACAAGCUCAAGGUGGUGUCCAAGUCCAUGGGCACAAGCACAGGCGCCGCUCCCACCAACGCCAGCACCGCCAAUCAAGGAACCUCUGCACUGGGCAAUCACGAUCCCCAUGUGCAAGGUUCUCUCUCUGAGACCUCAACCAGGGAGCACUUGGACAGGGGCGCCUCCAGCCGAAACUCCAGGAGGGGGGACAGGGACAGAGAGAGGGAGCGGGAGCGGGAGGGGGGAGAGAGACGCAGCAAAGGUGGGAGCUCCAGUAAGGUCAGCAGCCGCUCAGAGAGCAUGCACAGAGCGCCAGAUGGGAGGAUGACUCCGAGGAGCGAGCUCUCAGAAGCCAGGCAGGUUCCCAGCGGACAGCAACAUCCAGCUUUAAACCUAUCCCACAGCAGCAGCGUCCUCCAGGACUCCACCCACCAGCUGGUGCACCAGGUGCCUGAGGAGAGCAAGGACACAAAGGACAACAGCUGCUGAGAGAACUGACCCCCAAGAAUAAGCAGUCACACUUGAUGCUGGUUGAUGUACCCACGUGUGUGUCUUGUCAAACAUCAUAUAAGCUCCAUACUUCAGUUUAUGAUUGCAUUGGUUACAUGAUAGCCAGUGAAUAUCCAUUGCCAGCAAAAUGUAACACAGCCUGAGUAUUUCAAAUGUGGUAUGUUGGACCAGAAGUCUGAGAUCAUUUAGUUUGGGUCACAGCUUUGUCUUUCAGCUUUAAUGAGCUUUUAUCCUACACCUGAAUGUUGCUGCAGCACAGCUGUAUCCCAACUAUACAACUGACAGUUUCAUUUUAUAGCAUGUAUUAGGUCUACCGUUUUGUAGAUUGGUAACUAGAAUGAAUACUAUUUAUGUAAAUAUUCUGUUUUUUCACUGGAUUAGUCGCUACACUGAGAGUUUUGUUAGAAAGGUCAUGAUACUGCCAAAUGUGCAACACAAGAGUCUUCCUGUGGUAAAGUGUUUUUGAAUGUCUUACUGUUUUUCCUGGAAAGAUGGUUUGUCUUGCAACCUCAUCCUGUAACGCACACUGUGCUACUUUUUUCUCUUUUGAAACAAAGGCAAACUCUUAAACUUGUUAGAGUUGAUUUUUUUUAAAUUUUUCUUAAAAGAUUUCCACCAUGUUGUGUUUAUUUCCAUUAUUUCUUACUUGUAUCUGUUGUGUGAACACUGAUUCUGCACAGGUCGGUGUUUUUAAAGAGGUGUGUUGGGAGUUUGGAUAAAGUAUAGCUUUAUGGUUUUUCUAAAAGAAUGUGCCUUCCUUUGGGUCCUUCCUCAUCUUCAAAGAACCGACAGAUGUUUUGCAUGUGUCAUGUCUACCUGUGCUCUGUUUGUAUGUAUAGAUUCUUCAUGAUCUUCAAGCAAAUUGAGGAAACAAAUCAAACAGGCUUUGCACUAUUUGUCAUUAGAAGCACAAACCACUGAUGAUUAGAUAUGAAUAGUCAUGAACAGAUAAAGACAGUUUGGAGAUUGUUCAGGGCUUCUUUAUAACAGAGAGCAUAUAUCUCUCCUUCAAGUGUUUCCAGAGCAGCCUCUGUGCUUUAUUUGAACAUCUGUAAGGGACUGAUUCCUCCAUCAGCUUUCUUUAUCUUUCAUAUGUGGGAUUCACGUGAGAAUUCCAGUAACAAAUUAAAAGGGAAUCCUCGUCCUUUUCUCUUUUUUACUGUAUACUCUUAUUCUGGCAUGUGGAUAUGAGUCUUGCUUAUGAUGUACCAAGACUUAGCGUGUCCACUGGUGUCCAUGAAACGCUCUGUAGAGCUGUGUACUUUUUUUUUUUUUUUUAACUGUUUUUAAUGUAGCCUGUCCUUUAAAUCCAAUUUUUUGUAUCUAUACGUUU